ACAGAGUUCUUAACCUAACGCGUACUUGUCAGAGCAUCGUUACGUUCGUUACGUUAUAUACAAAGCAAUACAACACGUCUUUUUAAUCUAUACAAUAUCUUAUUGAUAACAUUAAACGUAUUAUGGCCCAAGUGUAUGAUAAUUACUAUAAUGAUUAUCAUAAGAAUGCUGAGCUACAGCUAAAUCUAAAAUACAAGAAGAAGUACCGAAAACUUAAGAGAAUCGUGAAGGAUACCGUAUUUGAAAACGCAGCACUAUGCGAUCAAGUUGCGCACAUGCAGGAGAAUUUGAUGGUGGUUAAAGAGGAGAGGCUGUUUCUUCUUCGCAAGUUAUGCCAACAACAGGGAGAGGUGGAGUCUAACUCAACAAGUCUAGCUCGUUCACAAACAAGUAAUGCAAAUUCACCAUCACUUAAUCCAGAAUGUACUACGCCAAAAAAAACAGUAAAAAAGAGAACAUCCACAGAUGGAUCAGAACCGAAAAGUAAGACAAAGAGAUACAACAAAACUGCCAGAAGAAUGGUGCAGUCGAUUCCACUGGAUGUACACGGAAGACCAUUGUUCCCCAUCGAGUUAGGAGAUCUUAAGAUACAUUCUCUUGGCGACGUGGUGUCGGACAGAAUCGCAUAUCAUACAGAAGAACUUAUAUUUCCAGUAGGUUAUUGCAGUACGAGACUGUACGCAAAUUUGAGAGAUCCAAGAACACAGAGUUUAUAUACCUGCAAGAUAUUAGACGGUGGUCCAACACCUAGAUUUGAAAUAGUGUCCGAUAACGAUCCAACUCAUCCAUUAAUCGGAUCCAGCCCUGAUGAAUGUCACUCAAAAUUACUGACAGCAAUCUCUCCAAUGCUUUGUACGAUAGCGCCCAAGGGCGCGGAUUUCUUCGGAAUUUCUCAUCCUACCAUACAAAAUCUAAUACAAAGUUCUCCGGGAACACGUAAAUUGGCAAUGUACAAACAACAACGUUUUGAAGUAAGCAAAAAUCAUGUACACCUGCAUGUCGAUCGAGCUACAAGCCCGGUGACAGAAACGAUGGAGACUGAUCCAGGAUUAGGUUUUGCGGCAUUACACAGGCAUUACGCUUUGAAUUCUUAUAGAGUGAAAGAAGAGCCUUCGGAUCACGAUCUAUUAGCACUCCAAGACCUUCUCGCGUAAUUGCUAAUAUUAUAAGAUAAAUAAUAAAUAUUAUAAUAAAAAGUAGACUCUACACCGGCAAAAAACAGUAUUGCGAUUUGUAUUCAUAUAUACAUGUACAACAUACAUUGGUGUCGUAGAAAAAUGUCGAAAUGUUAUGAGCGUAAAAAUGUUGACGGGUUCCGAUAAAUAAAAAAGAUAGGAUAUAAGUAGUAAAAAAGAAAACAGAUUGAGAUUAUACUGUGUAUUUAUAUAUUUCUAUAUUGUUACAAUUGAAUCCAAUUUAGAAAAUAAAACUAUUAGAAAACGAAAAAUUAAAAAUUCGAGUAGAACACACUUAGAAUAACAUCAAAAGAUAUUUGAUUCAUUCUCUAUAUAAUAAAAUCUUUUCUACUGCAUGUAAUAAAACCAUCACCUGUUGCAAAACGAAAUUAAUAAAGCAUUUAAAAUCGAUUAAA